CUGCGCAGUGGAGUGGACCCGGGGGCGGGGCGCGGCGCCUGUCAGCUGACUGUGGCGGCGGCGGCCUCGAGGUGACAACUGUGUCCGUCGCAGGCUCCGGCAGGGGCGCAGGAGGUCGCCCGGCGCGUCACUCUCGGGUCGGCGAGCCACGGGGGCCGCCGCAGCACCAUGGCGACCACCGUCAGCACUCAGCGCGGGCCGGUGUACAUCGGCGAGCUCCCGCAGGACUUCCUCCGCAUCACGCCCACACAACAGCAGAGGCAGGUCCAGCUGGACGCACAGGCGGCCCAGCAGCUGCAGUACGGAGGCGCCGUGGGCACCGUGGGCCGACUGAACAUCACUGUGGUUCAGGCAAAGUUGGCCAAGAAUUACGGCAUGACCCGCAUGGACCCCUACUGCCGACUGCGCCUGGGCUAUGCGGUGUAUGAGACGCCCACGGCACACAAUGGCGCCAAGAAUCCCCGCUGGAAUAAGGUCAUCCACUGCACGGUGCCCCCAGGCGUGGACUCGUUCUAUCUCGAAAUCUUCGAUGAGAGAGCCUUCUCCAUGGAUGACCGCAUCGCGUGGACCCACAUCACCAUCCCCGAGUCCCUGAGGCAAGGCAAGGUGGAGGACAAGUGGUACAGCCUGAGCGGGAGGCAGGGGGAUGACAAGGAGGGCAUGAUCAACCUCGUCAUGUCCUACGCGCUGCUGCCAGCUGCCAUGGUGAUGCCACCCCAGCCUGUGGUCCUGAUGCCGACGGUGUACCAGCAGGGCGUCGGCUACGUGCCCAUCACAGGGAUGCCCGCCGUCUGCAGCCCCGGCAUGGUGCCCGUGGCCCUGCCCCCGGCCGCCGUGAACGCCCAGCCCCGCUGUAGUGAGGAGGACCUGAAAGCCAUCCAGGACAUGUUCCCCAACAUGGACCAGGAGGUGAUCCGCUCGGUGCUGGAAGCCCAGCGAGGGAACAAGGACGCCGCCAUCAACUCCCUGCUGCAGAUGGGGGAGGAGCCGUAGAGCCUCCGCCCUCGCUGCCGUGUCACCCCAGCUCUUCGGACACGCCGACCGGGCGCUCCCCAAGGAAUGCUGUCCCAACAAGAUCCCCGUGACACGGCCCCUGUCGCCCCUCCCGUGGACGUCUGGGCUGCCCCGCCCACGCCUGCUCUGGGUGCAUGGGGGUUUUCGGUUCCUGGCGGCCCAGGACGGGGCGGGGGCUCCCUUCGCCUCUUGUGCUGGGAGGUCUCGGCGCAUUCUCCUGUCCCCAGGACGUGCGUCUCCCCUUCUCAUGCUGUUCUGGAAAAUGUUCUUGCUGUAGAGAGCAGCUGCUUCUGCCAGGGUGUUGGAGGUGGUGGAGCGCCUUCUGAUUCCAUUCAUGGCAUUUUGUGAUGUGAUGUAAUUGGAAUAGAGCUGUUGAUUAAGGCACGCACAAUCCCUCACACUGAUUUGUGGGUUUUUUUAGAACUUCCCAGCCGAAAACUCACGUCCUUGCCCUAACGCGCUUUGCUGUGAGCCUGGCCCCUGCCCAGGGCUUGGGUCUGGUGAGCCGAGCCGCUUCCUGUGGAUGGCGUGGGGCCGGCCUCUGGUCUGGCUCACCUGGCCACUGUCCAGCCAGCCUUGUGGCAGACUCCAGCCUGAAGGCAGGAUGAACCCACACCUGGCAUGAGGAGGGGAGCCUGGCACGGUUGGCCGGGCUCUGCCUGAUUGCCAGCCAGCGGGCAUCUGAAGCCGGGUCCUUCACCCGCGGAAGGCUGCCGUCCGUCUGUCCUGCUGCUCACGCCAGCUCCGUGGUGUCCUCCCAGGGGGCUUCUCUUCUCAACAGGCCUUGCAAGGCUGGGGUGGGAGGUGAUAGAGGCGGCACGUGCAUGAUUCUGAGAGGGUGUUGCGGCACUGCCAGCCGACUGCUGACGACAGCUUGGGCAGCUGCUGUGCCCGGGACCUAGGUUCAGCGUGGGCUCGGGAAGCCUGGCGAACGUGGCCGCGUAAAAGCUUUCUAAGGCGGGAGGCACGCCUCACCUCUGCCUGCCUGGGCACCGCGUGUAGCAUCUUGGUUUGCAGGACAGAUUUUAGGUGACACCUGGUUAUGAAAGUCAGGAAUUUGAGAAACUUCUCACAAGUGAUGCACUUUACGUAAUCCGCAUGCCAUGGAGACGCUUGUGUGCACCCGCAUGUCUGCUGCUUGUGGUUCAAUCUGCCCCCAGCCUUCGGACGGAAACCCACUGAUACGGACAGAAAGAGAAGGCCCACAAGUGGCUCUUCUGUGGAAGAUGCAGAAGGAGGAAGUUAGUGCUUACAUUUUAGUCUUUUUCUCCCUCGAAAAAAUAGGUUAAGUUUCAGUGUCAGCUAGAAAAUACUGCUUUCCGCCACCGACUGGGGGUGGUUUUUGUCAAAUAUACUGUUGAUAAAUAUUUAUUUUUGUAAACUUGAAGUGUGUGGUGGCCGUGGGGGAGGGACAUGGCGGCAACAGGCACCUUCUUCAGCCGUGGGUCCUAAAGGCCUUUGAUCGUGUGAAGAAGAAAGACAUGGUGUUUGCUCAGCAGACACCGACCUCUCAGAGGGCCCUGGGAUUCCGUCUCAGAUGGCCUGGUCUUACGUCUUCUCCAUUGGGAAUGAAGGUGUCAGGCGGGACUGGAACGUUCUAGAUAAUGUUCUGUGAUAUUAAUAACUCUUACCCAGGAUGGACCACAGGCCACACUUGGAGGCCUCGCUGUGCUGGGGGCUUCGGCGUCCAGGCGCCUAGGUGUGGCCACCAGCCCCGGUUUCUGCCUUCGCAUUGCUGGGGUGCAGUGAGACUGCCACACCAUGCACGUGUGGCUCUGUGGGUGUCUCCUGGAGAGGACGUGGCCCCUGCUGCCAGCUCCUGAACAGCCCGUGUCGGGGCCGGAGGGAGCCGCACUGUGGGGGCCGCCUCGCUGGAGGGAGAGCAACCCUUUGCCAAUGACGAGUGGGGGCCGGAGGGAGCCUCACAGUGGGGGCCGCCUCGCCAGAGGGAGAGCAACCCUUUGCCGAUGACCACGCUUGCUGCCAUCUCUUAGUUUUUUUUUUCACGAACGCUUUAUUUUUUUAAUAGAUAAAUCACAUUUUGUAAGUCCUUUAAUAAGAUUCUUCUUUCCUGCAUUUUAUGCUUUAUUUUUUGCUUGAAGGCUUACUGUAGAAGCAGCUUGCUGAGCCCCUCCAAGCGGUCCCAGAAUUAGCUGGUUCACGCCCCCCACCCGCCCCCGCCCCUGCCUGUCAGGUGUGGAUGAGGUCGUCGCACUCAGAAGGACCGGCUUGUUUGCCAGCUCACAAGGGCAGGCUGCAGCGGGUUUGGGAGUUGGGCUUAGGCCCCUGGUGUCUGAGGGCCCGGGCCUUGCCAGGCCUCUGCCACUCCUGCUCCUGGGUUUGAAGAUGCCAGUUGCCAGCUCUGUGGCAGCGGUCACUAAGGACAGCCUGACUGUGCCAUCUCGGAGCCUCGGGCAGGGCUCCGGAGACAGAAGACAGGUCGCCGGAGGCUCCCUGCUCCUUUCUACUCUGCAGAUGCUCUCCACGGCGCUGCCCUGCAGGGUGUCAGCGGGCGGGGUCUCAGAACAUGUGCUUCUGAUUAUUUUACUGGGGUCCAUUGUCCAGAUUUUUCUUUGAUUGUAAAAUAUAUUUUUACUUUUUAGCCUCCUAAUUUAAUAAAUGAUCCAUAUAAAAAUAGAGAAAUAAAGUUCUUUAAGGGAAGGUUUA